AGUACUCGCGAAAGAUGUCGCUAGUUGCCAAAGAAACUCAUUUACUCUUAGGAAAGGAAAGUUAAUUUUCUGUGCCCACAGUAUGGCCACGUUCCGCAGAUGUAGUUCCGAUUACAUUUGCAGCAUGGAUGCAAUUAAAGCAGAGCCAUAUUCAGAAGAUGAAACAAAUCCAUCUGAUAGUGACAUUCAGCAGGCUGAUACAAAAGAAGAUCUUUCUGAUCCAUUCUCGUUUGUUGAAGUCAAGUGUGAAAUAGAGGAAGAACCACAGAAUGAAAAUAAAUUGGGGAGUAGUGAGAAGUGUGAGCCAUGUAACUACAGUGGGGACAAGCAAUCCAGCACCUCCAAUGGGACUGCAGUCAAGCAGACACAGACUGGAGAAAAUAUUUGUGUUCUGUGCAGUAAGCAGUUCUCAUCAAAGGGUAAACUAAAGAACCACAUUAUGACCCAUACAGGAGACAAACCAUUCCACUGUGCGCUGUGCAGCAAGCGAUUCAUUGAUAGCACACAUCUGAAGAGACACUUCCGGAUCCACACAGGGGAAAGGCCUUUCCAUUGCACCAUGUGCAACAAGCAAUUCACUGACAAUGGCACACUAAAGACCCAUUUGCGGAUCCACACAGAUAAGACGUUCCAGUGCCCGGUAUGCAGCAAGGUGUUUUCUUCUGACUGGGACCUUAAGAAACAUUGUCGAAUACACACAGGGGAGAAGCCGUACCGCUGUACUGUGUGUGGGGAACAGUUCUCCCGCAAUGACAAGCUUCAGGAACAUGUUCGCAUGCACACAGGGGAGAAACCAUAUACUUGUCAAGUGUGUGGGAAGGAUUUUUCUCGCAAUGACAAGCUACUGAAGCACUCACGAACCCACACUGGAGAAAAACCAUACUGCUGCCAGGUGUGCAACAAGCAGUUUUCUCAAAAGGAGAGCCUGAACAGACAUACUCGCACACACACUGGGGAGAGACCAUUCCAGUGCCUGGUGUGCAAGAGGCGCUUCACACUACGGGAACACCUCAAGAGACAUUCCCGCAUUUGCCCAGCACAGCAAACCCCUGAGCCUUUAGACAGCCAAUCUAGCAUGGGAGAGAAGCACAAGAUGGACAUAAUUAAGGCAGAGCUUGACUCAGAGGAUGAAACACAUCCAUCAGGCAUAGAACCUCAGUUUGUUGAUAUGAAACAAGAUAUGACAGAACCAUACAUUGUCAUUGAUAAGUUUGAAGCAGAGGAAGACCCAUUGCAAGAAGACAAACUGAGCCAUGUCAAUGAAGAAGUACCAAUUGUUCUCUGUGGUAACAGUAUGAACGAUCAACAGAAAGCAGGUGAAAAUGUCUGCAGUCUGUGUGGGAAGCAGUCCUCCAAACUCAAGAAACACCUGAUGACUCACACAGGAGAGAAGCCAUUUCCCUGCGAAAAAUGUGGCAAACGGUUGAGGAGACACGCUCGUGUACACUCAGGAGAAAGACCAUUCCAAUGCAGUGUGUGCAAGAAGCAGUUCACCAACAACACUAUUCUGAAGAGGCAUUCUCGUAUCCACAUUGCCGAAAAAUCAUAUCAGUGCUCAGUGUGUGGUAAAGUAUUUUCCACAGACUGGGAUCUUGGGAACCAUUACCGAAUUCACACUGGUGAGAAACCCUAUCGCUGCGAUAUUUGUUAUAAACGGUUUUCUCGUAACGAUUACCUUCAGAAACAUUUCAUAACUCACUCUGGAGAGAAACCAUUUCAAUGCGAUAUUUGUAAUAAACACUACAGUCUCAAGGACGGUUUGCAGCGUCACUCGCGAAUUCACACUGGAGAGAAGUCAUUCGAUUGUGCGGAUGACCUGCAUAACAGAGUUUUUCAACAAAAGCGUCAGCUCUGCAGCAGGGUGCGUGAGUUCUCAGAUAAGUAUGGACUGUUGGCUAUGAUGAAGAACCCCAGUGGCUUUUCUGUCCAACCCAGGAGAUGUGUGCAAACAAAUGAAGAAACCUGCAUUUAUGAAUCUAUGGAUGAAGAGCAGCUGAAAUCAGUUGUGGCAGCAAUGGAGGCUGAGCUCUCUGUUGCAGAUGCAAAACUAGAAGAGUCUAGAUUGCAUCUGGCAUCACUGCAGGAGGAGCACCUUCAUCUUCUUCAUAGUCCCACUGGUGGACACAAGCUUCAGGAGCUACAUGACUUGAAGCAGCAGACGGAGUUGCUGGAGUCGCAAUGUGAGGCUCUGCAGCAGGAGUUGGGCUGGCAGAAUCUCAUCAUGAAGCAAGGAACUAACAUAGACAACACUGAACAGAAAGCAGACAAUAUUGAGCAGGUUUUUGAAACAACAGACAUUACUUGCAUGGUUCCUGCAAAGGUGACAAGAACCUCAGAAAACAGUGGGGUGGAACAUAAACAAGGAAUUUUGCCUUUGGAACCAAGUAAAUCAAACUGCAGACCAUUUGUUCCUAAAAUACCCAGCAAGAUGUCACUGAAAAUGACUUUACACAGAUCCCAUGACCUUGAAAAACAGCUCUGUGAACUUCUUAGCAGUGCCAAAUCUUCUCCAAAACCUGGCAAGUCAUGAAACCAAAAUUGGUAUUGCCAUCAGAUUGCAUUGUAGUUAUGUUUGCAUUCUGAUUCAUACAGUAGUUCCAAUUGAAAUGGUGUUUUAAUUAAAUUUCAUAUUUGCUUAAAUUAUAGUUCUAUACAACUUCUUAUUCUGUAUUAGGACUUAUUUAUAUUAAACAAGGUCCAAGAGAAAAGAUGCCUACUUCUGUCCUCAAAUGAAUAAUUUUACAACUUUGUGAACAAUCUCUGUGCAACAUUUCCACUUCCAGUACUUAAUAAAGUUAUCAAAAUAUUAUAAGGUCCAAAUUGUUUUUACAUUGUGAGACACAGAAAUAAUAUGUUUGUAUUAAAAUAAAAUUUGUAAUUAAAUUUCAAAUAAAGUUUUUAAGUAAA